ACUGCUUCUUCAUGACGCAGUUCUCAUCCCGUAACAAGUUUGACUAUUGGCGUUUUUGUCAAGCAAAUCAGAGGCCAAGCUACAAUAAACGGCUGAUCAAAGGUUAUCAAGAGGCACAGACAGAGAAAAGCAGCAGCAGAUCACAUCACCCCUCCCAACAGCAGCUUCACGGCAAACCUGCUGCUGCCGCCUCAUUUUAUUCGCCAACGGUCCUCCGUCUGUCUGAAACGAGGGAAAGGAAGAGCGCGAGCCUCGCCAUAUUCAUUCGCUUUUCCAUAUCAGCCCGUGCGCCUGUCCAUUAUGGAUAUGCUGGGGAAGAAAGAGGGGAGAGGCAGAGAUGUGAAGGGCUUUUUGAAGAGGAACUGGAUUCUAAUCGCAACCAUCACCUCGGUGAUACUGGGGAUCGGGAUUGGAGUGCUGGUGCGGGACUAUACCUCUCUGUCCCAGCUGGAGAAGCAGUACUUUGGCUUCCCUGGAGAAAUCCUGAUGAGAAUGCUAAAGCUGGUCAUCCUGCCGCUCAUCGUCUCCAGCAUGAUAACGGGAGUGGCAGCACUGGACUCGGAGGUGUCAGGCAAGAUUGGUCUUCGUGCAGUGGUUUAUUACCUCUCCACUACCAUCAUUGCUGUCAUUCUUGGAAUCGUUCUUGUGACGACUAUCAAACCUGGGGUCUCUCAGAGUGCUGACAAUAUCGAGAGAGCAGGGAGCACGCCAAAUGUGACCACUGUUGACACCUUGCUGGACCUUGUUAGGAAUAUGUUUCCUGAAAAUCUUGUGCAAGCCUGUUUUCAGCAGUACAAGACACAGCGCAAAGAGAUUGAACCAUCGAAAACCAACACAAGCACAACUGAUACAACUACAUUUCCACCCUUCACCACCAUUAUUUCAACAGUUGCACAGAAUUUGACCAAAGACUACAAUAUUGUGGGCUCAUAUUCAGAUGGGAUUAAUGUUCUUGGUCUCAUCGUAUUCUGUGUGACUUUCGGCCUUGUCAUCGGCAAGAUGGGAGAAAGGGGACGCAUCCUGCUCGAGUUUUUCGAUGCUCUGAAUGAGGCCACCAUGCGACUUGUUCAGAUUAUUAUGUGUUACAUGCCCGUUGGCAUCUUGUUCCUGAUUGCUGCUAAGAUCAUUGAGGUGGACGACUGGGAAAUCUUCAAGAAGAUGGGCCUGUACAUGGUGACGGUGCUCAGCGGACUAGCCAUCCAUUCCAUCAUAUUCCUCCCCCUGAUAUACUUUGUGUUUGUGAGGAAGAAUCCAUUCACCUUCACUCUGGGAAUGGCACAGGCUUUGGUAACUGCUCUCAUGAUUUCCUCAAGCUCAGCCACUCUGCCGGUCACGUUCCGAUGUGCAGAAGAGAACAACCGGAUUGACAAGAGGAUCACUCGCUUUGUCCUUCCAGUUGGUGCGACUAUCAAUAUGGAUGGCACUGCACUGUAUGAAGCUGUUGCUUCUAUAUUCAUAGCUCAGUUGAACAACUACGAUCUGGAUGCUGGCCAGAUUGUUACCAUUAGUAUCACAGCAACAGUCGCCAGCAUUGGUGCAGCAGGAGUUCCGAAUGCUGGACUGGUAACCAUGGUGAUAGUCCUCACAGCAGUUGGCCUUCCAGCCACUGAUGUCACUCUCAUCAUUGCUGUCGAUUGGCUGCUCGAUCGCUUCCGAACCAUGAUCAACGUGUUGGGAGAUGCCUACGGUGCUGGAAUAGUCCAGAAGCUGUCAAAGCGAGAACUCGAGAGGAUGGACCUGAUUUCGGACGUGGAUGCGGCCAACCCCUUCGCCCUAGAGACCACGCUGGACGACGACGAGUGCGAGAAGAAAUCUUACGUGAACGGUGGAUUCACCAUUGACAAAAGCGACGCCAUUUCCUUCACCGAGACCUCGCAGUUCUAGAGGUAAGCGUCGGUCGCUGCUGAAAAUGUGACAUCACUGAACGGCGGGGUCAGAGAGGUAGGAGCCAUUCAUAUAACCAGUGCCAUGACCAGGACGGAAAGUCAUUACCGAGGACAUGAUUGAGCGCAGACAUUAGCAAUACCUGCCCUUGCGGUUCUCCUUCCUUCAUUUUCCCAACCAUGCUCUUGAACUUACGUGUGCGCUAGACAGAGAGAAACUAUGUGCUUCCACAGCUCAUUAACAUGUUGCCAUGAUUUAUGCAAAGCUGUUUUUCCUUUUAUUAACUGCAGUUGUUUCCUUUGGUUUUGUACUAACGAAUAGCUUUUUAGCAGUAGGUGAUUUUCGUAUUUGUGUGUAUGAGCAGGAGCUCUGUGCAAUAUUGCGCAUCAGUUUUAAAGUAACUCAGAUUAGUGUACAUGUACGCAUUUCAACAAAGAGCAUGUUGCUAACUAGCCAAUGUUAUUAUACACAAAAAAAUGCUGAAUUUAAGGGGUUUUUUCUUCGCAAAUUAUGUUCAUAAGUUUUAGACUCGGUAAAGUGUGAAAGUUUGCCAAUUCUGUAUUUGCACUUGCUAUUGAGAGCCAAAUGUUUAUGAGCUUUGCGUGUCUUUCAUUUCAGAUUUGUGCCAAAUUGUUCAUAUGAAGGGAACAUUUUUAUACAAACUUCUAAAAUUAAAUGAAAUAUUGCAUGAUAAGGAUUUGAUAUGAAGUACAGGAAUGGCCUUGAGAAUGAAAAUCAGAUCCUUUGUACACAAUUAUUUUAUCAUGACACUGAAGGUGGCAAGCCUUAAUAGUUUCUUCAGCAAGCCACUAAUUUUAUUGUUUUACUUUUUUGUUGUUGUUGAAUCAGAGCUGUUUUGAAGUAUAUUUUUUAAAGACUACACCGAUGAUGUUGUCAGUGCCAAAUUUCUGCCAAUAGAACCAGUUUUAAGUUUCUUUUACAGUAUUUAAUUUCUUCAUAUUUUGUGUUACAUCAGAAAUGAGAGAAAACGAUCAAUGUGAAGCAUUAAUGGUCUGUGUUUGAGGUUCUGGAACUGAAUUAACACCAUAAAGCACACCAUUGUACAACUGUAUUUAUACAGUACAGUAGUCAAAUUAGUUAUACUGUAUGAUUCAACAAGUACUGUAUGUAUAUCCACAAAAUAAUAAAGACAAAUGUCAACACCUGAAAAAA